GCUUCAGUCAAUCACUACUCCAAUUAUUUAUUUAAAAAUAAAUGUACUUAAUUUUUCAAUUUGUAAUCCCCCGCUGGCUCAGUACAUUGGGGUAAUUGAAGCCGCUCUAUAAAGAUCAGCAACCUCCCCUAUAAUUUUUUGUCGACUGAUUACGACAUCCUUCAACAAACCCUGAACUUUGACGUUGCACUUACAGUUGUCCAGUCAGCUGUUUCGGCCUAUCGCUCCAUUCCCAUCAAAAUAAACUAGGGACGUUCGUCGAAAACAUCAUAACCGGUUUCUGCAGCAAAAUUCUCCAGUGAAUAGUAACACGAGUGAGAAAAUCGAAAAUUUCGCAUGAUUAGAGUGAAAAUUGAAUCAGAAGACAUUCACUCGGAGAAGCCCAGAAACAAACGUAAACAUAACCUAUAGGGCUCGCUACGCGUUGGAUCUAUCCAAGUAAGCGAAAUCCAUUCCAAGCCUGGAUGUCUUCCAGAUGUGCCUCCCAUUAGUCUCAUUUAUCUCCAGAACCUCUCCCAAAUUUCGCCCCCCCAUACGAUCAAUCAUGUCAGCCCAGAUAUCUCUGGACGAGCGAAUGCUCAAAUCCGUUAGGAGAAUCGUCCCAUCUCUAGGCACUACGAAGUAUAAGGGUCAGGAUGGCAGGAUAGGAAUUGUCGGGGGAAGUAUGGAGUACACAGGGGCUCCCUUCUUUGCAGGAAUGAGUGCAUUCAGAACAGGCGCAGACCUGGUUCACAUUUUCUGCACAAAGGAUGCAGGGGGUCCGAUAAAAUCCUUCAGUCCAGAUCCCAUAGUCCACCCGAUUCUGGACCACCACGAUGCGAUAAAGCAGAUAAAACCGUGGUUAGACAGACUGCACGUAAUCCUGAUAGGUCCAGGUCUGGGCCGUGAUGAAAAAAUAUUCAAGACGGUCGCCGAAUUAAUUGGAGUCUGCAGAGAUCUCAAGAAGCCGUUGAUAAUCGACGCUGACGGUUUGUUCCUUAUCUGCCAACGGCCGGAACUAGUGAAGGACUACCCAGGGCUCAUCCUGACGCCAAAUGCAAUGGAGUUCAGUCGUCUGAUGAAGGCCUUUCUCGAUCGAACAGUCCAGCCAGCGCCAGUAGUCAAGAUCUCCGAACUGAAGCACCUGGCAGACUCGAUCGGUAGGAACGUUGUCAUUCUGAAUAAAGGGGCAAAGGACACGAUUGUCGAUGGACUCAAGGGGACAGAGGCCAUCUGCUGCUCCAUAUCAGGCUCAGGAAGACGAUGCGGUGGUCAGGGGGACCUACUUGCUGGUGCUCUUGCUGUCUUCUGGUGGUGGGGAAUCACUGCUGGACCCAGUGAAAUGGCACUCUCUGCUCCCAUGACAGCUGCAUACGCAGCCUCGAGACUAACCAGAGAAUGUAAUGCUGCUGGCUUCAAAGAAAAGGGAAGAAGCAUGCUGACGACUGAUAUGAUGGAACAUAUACAGACUGUCUUCAGCAGGCUCUUUGAACCGCCAAUCAACAACAAGUGAGAUGUUGAUGACACGUACGAUUUAUUACUAACCGGUGUUUACUCGGGGUUUUUGUUGAGGCCUUCGCAAAGCCACUGAUCUGUUGAUUGGUUUGCUCCAAGUUUGAGGAUUUUCGAAGGCCGGCUGCUGUGAUUCAAUUUAUUUUUGGAAAAUAUUUCCGUGAUUUUUCCAUCGGUUAAAUUCCAGGUGCAGGCAAUGCAGCUGAACUUUAUUGAUGCGCCACUAAUCACUUAUGUCUUUUCCCCUUGUUAUGAUUUUUUUUUUAAUGCAAAAGGUGAACGGAAGAAGUUCAAUGUGUCCUCAAUUGGUUAUUAGUUAAUGAACAUAAAAAUAAAUUCCAGCCGUAUUGCAUUCAACCGAAUCAGGCAGAAUUGUCAUGAAAAUAUUUAACGAUUGAAAUGUUGGUCGUUUUUAUACCUGAUUAUGAGAGAAUAGUAAAUAUUUUUAACGAA